UCAAAAGGUUCAUCAAAAUAAUAAUAAUCAUCUUCAUUCGAAUAAAUUACCAAAUGCAUUCAAACAUGCUAUUGUUGUAACAUUGAAAUUUAUUUUCAUGACAAUUUUCAUAUCAAUUAUUCAAUUAUAUACAAUAAUAACAUGGCCAUUAUAUUUCAUAAUACAACAACCAUGGAAAGCUAAACGUUUAAAUGAUCAAAAACGAAUAAAAAUAUUUGAAAAAAGUCAAGAUCCAAAAUUAUCACCAAUUUAUGAACGUUUAGAUCAAGCAAUUCUUGAUCAUAAUUUUUUAACUUAUAAUUCCAUAACAUCAAUUUUCCAAUCAUUAACAAAUCAAUAUGAUCAUAAUCGUAAUUGUCUUGGUUAUCGUCAAAUUCUGUCGGAAGAAUCAAUUUUAAGUGAUGAUGGUCAAGAAUGUCGUAUGGAUGGACGUAAAUUAAAACGAUAUCACCUCAGUGAUUAUAAAUGGCUAACAUAUGGACAAGUACAAAAAAUUUCAGCACUUAUUGCUAAAGGUUUAAUGGCUAGUGGAAUUGAAGAAGGUGAUCGUAUAAUGAUAUUUGCUGAAACACGUAUCGAAUGGAUGUUAUCAUUUUUAGCUAUACCACAAGCUGGUGCUGUUUUAGUUACAGCAUUUUCUAAUCUAGGAAUUAAUGGCUUAAAAUAUUCAAUUGAAUCAACUGAAUGUAAUACAAUUAUUGUUUCAUUUGAAUGUAUCCAGAUUUUACAAAAAGUUUUAGCCAAUUCUACUCAACAUAAUGUUAAACGAAUAAUAUUUAUGGAAGGAUUUCAUAAACCAGAUUUUAAAUUUUCCACUGAAAUUGAAAUAUAUUCAUUGAAUAACAUUGUACAAUUAGGACAACAAUGUAUUGAUCAAAAUCAAGAUUUACCAUUACAUAAAGGAUCAAUGGAUCGCCGAAUGAUUAUAAUGUUUACAUCCGGUACAAAUGGCGAUCCAAAAGCAGCCAUUAUUACUGAAAAACAAAUAUUUACAUCAAUAAAAGCUAUGUAUUGUCGUGUACGAUCAUUAGUUAAUGAAACGUAUAAACAUAUUUAUGUUGCAUAUUUACCAACAGCACAUGUAAUGGAAUUAACAUUAGAAUUAUUAUUCUUUUUGGGUGGUGUACGAUUAGGUUAUGCAUCACCAUUUACAUUAACUGAUUCAGCACCAGGUCUUGCACCGGGUGAAAUAUCUGAUUUAAAAUUAUUAAAACCAACAAUCAUGACAGCAGUACCGUUAGUUUUGGAAAGAAUUCUAAAAGAAAUUAAUGAAAAAUUAAAGGCCCGAACACCUGUAUCGCAACAAGUAUUUCGAUUUUUAACCGAUUAUAAAUCCAAAUGGACACGUCUUGGUUAUAAAUGUAAUAUUGUAACACGUUUAUUAUGUCCAAAAAUUCGUGAACAAUUUGGUGAUGAAUUAAUAUUUAUGAUUUGUGGUGGUGCACAAUUAAAUGAACGUACACAGGCAACAAUCAAAUCAGCAUUAGAUGUUACUUUAAUUCAAGGUUAUGGCUGUACUGAAACUACAUCAUCAGUAAUAUGUAUGGAUUUUGAAACACUUGACUAUGGAAAUUGUGGAUCAGUUUUAGCCCAUGUUCUCUAUCGAUUACAAGAUUGGGAUGAUGGUGGUUAUUCUGUACAAGAUCAACCUAAUCCACGUGGUGAAUUAUUAAUUGGUGGUGAUAUCGUAACAAAAGGUUAUUAUAAAAAUCAACAAUUUACAAAUGAAGUAUAUUUCAUUGAUGAUAAUGGUAUUCAAUGGUAUCGUACUGGUGAUAUUGUUGAAAUGUUACCAAAUGGUUUUAUCAAAAUUAUUGAUCGUCGUAAAGAUUUGAUUAAAUUACAAAAUGGUGAAUAUAUUUCAUUGGGAAAGGUUGAAGCAGCAUUAAAAAUGUCUACAUUAAUUGAUAAUGCAUUUGUUUAUGGUGAUAUUUGUGCAAAUGAUUUGAUUGCAUUAAUUAGUCCAAAUCGUAAAGCAUUCGAUGAACUGACACGACAAUUAAAUAAAUAUCAAAUGACAAUUGAAGAAAAAUGUUUGGAUAAACAAAUUGAAGCAAUUUAUUUUCAAUCAAUGAUUGAUGUUUGUAAACAAAGUUCAUUAGCAACAAAAGAAAUUCCAAAACGUAUACGUUUAGUAUCGGAAAUUUGGUCACCCGAUAAUGACCUGUUAACAGCAUCAAUGAAAUUAAAAAGACAAAAUAUUAUGAAAAAAUAUAGCCAACAAUUAUCUCAAAUGUGGUUCUCGACGAUGCGUAAUAUAAACAAGCAAAAAUUACUUAUUCAGCAAAAAAAAACACAAACAAAAAUCUAAUCUUCUG